GUGGGCCGGUCUAACUACUAGAGCUGGUCGAGCCGCUCCGCUCUGCUUCUUCGGCACUGGGUUUUUAGGCCAUGGGGCAGCCUUACGCGUGGCGGCUCCUGUCGAGGGUCAGCUCAUUCAGAAGAGCCAGUGUUAUUCUGCAACAUCUGAGAAUGUCCAUGCACACAGAUGCCGCAGAAGUCCUGCUGGAGAGGAGAGGCUGUGCAGGCGUCAUAACACUCAACAGACCCAAGUUCCUCAAUGCACUGAGUCUGAAUAUGAUCCGGCACAUCUAUCCACAGCUAAAGAAGUGGGAACAAGACCCUGACACGUUCCUGAUCAUCAUAAAGGGAGCCGGAGGAAAGGCCUUCUGUGCCGGAGGGGACAUCAAAGCACUCUCAGAAGCUAAAAAAGCAAGACAGAAUUUGACUCGAGAUUUAUUCAAAGAAGAAUACAUCCUGAACAAUGCAAUUGCAUCUUAUCAGAAACCAUAUGUUGCACUUAUUGAUGGAAUCACAAUGGGUGGGGGAGUUGGUCUUUCAGUCCAUGGUCAAUUCCGAGUGGCUACAGAAAGGUCUCUCUUUGCUAUGCCAGAAACGGGAAUAGGACUAUUUCCUGAUGUGGGUGGAGGUUAUUUCUUGCCAAGACUUCAAGGAAAACUCGGUUACUUCCUUGCACUGACAGGAUACAGACUAAAAGGAAGAGAUGUGCACAGAGCGGGAAUUGCCACACACUUUGUCGAUUCAGAAAAGUUGCCUGUGUUGGAGGAGGAGUUGUUAGCCUUAAAGUCACCUUCAGCUGAGGAUGUUGCAGGCGUCUUAGAAAGCUAUCAUGCCAAGUCCAAGAUGGAUCAAGACAAAUCUAUCAUAUUUGAGGAACACAUGGACAAAAUAAACAGGUGUUUUUCAGCCAGUACCGUGGAACAGAUAAUUGAAAACUUACGGCAAGAUGGUUCACCUUUUGCCAUAGAACAGAUGAAGGUAAUUAAUAAAAUGUCUCCAACAUCACUGAAGAUCACACUAAGGCAGCUCAUGGAGGGCUCGUCAAAGACCUUGCAAGAGGUGCUGACCAUGGAAUAUCGGAUGACUCAAGCAUGUAUGGAAGGUCAUGACUUUCAUGAAGGCGUUAGAGCUGUUCUCAUUGACAAAGACCAGACUCCAAAAUGGAAACCAGCCAAUCUAAAAGAUGUUACAGAUGAAGAUGUGAAUAGUUACUUUAAAUCUCUGGGAAGCAGUGAUUUGAAAUUCUGAACUUUAUUUUGGAACAAAGGUCAACACACCAUAGCACAGAGGCUAGGCCUGGCGUCUUGCCCAUUUCCACGCAGCCUGCAAGCUGGAAAUGGUUUUCUCAUUUUUAAAUGAUUCAGAAGGAGAUGAAAAGACUAACAUUUCAUGAUACAGUGCUUGCCCAAAGUUUAAGCACCAGUGUUUGUAACUUUUCAUGAAAUGACAGCUGAAGUCCAAACACCAGUGUCUUAUGGAACCUUCCUGCAGCGUAACGGAGCUUAUUCUCUAUGGCUGCUUGGAGUGGCCAUGGCAGACUUUAUGACUCACAGCACCUCAAGGGUCUAAUUUUCUACUCCAGUCUUCAUCAGAAAUGGUUUGCUGGUCCCUGGUUUAUAAGAAAUUCUCAAGAGCUCCAGAGAAUCUCAAGUUUAUUUCUCAUUAAAAUGGUAACUUUGACUUCUAGUUUAUAUAUUAAUUAACCAAAUUAUGUACAGAUUAGCAAAAAUAAAGACCCUGAAAUUUG